AUUGCUUCUUAGCACUGUAUCAAAAGUGUAAAGUAAUUACUUAGUUUAGCUUGAAUGUCAAAUGCAUAUUGGAUAUUGAAACUGCGGACAUCUGGCGGCGCGGAGUUACUCGUGAGGAUGUCGUUGUCAAAGUAUAUUUCUCCUCCCUUGACUUCCCUCCCACUGUGCUUACCUCGUUAUUAUGGCGGUGUGAUUCUAGUGGGUGUGAGCGCAUUCGGGUUAAACAUGUACUUCGCCCGCCGAGUUGUACAAGCUCGCAAAGAACACAGCGUUGAGUUGCCUAUCAUGUACCACCCUACAGACAAAGUAUUUAACUGCAUCCAAAGAGGUCAUCAAAACUAUUUAGAGGUUCUCCCCUUUUUUCUCAUGGCCUUGUUUGUGGGUGGUUUGCGUUACCCUCGGACGUAUACUGCGUGUGGUGUAGUAUUUCUUCUUGGUCGCUUAUUAUAUUUUCAGGGAUAUGCAACCGGAGAUCCAGCAAAGCGUUAUAAAGGUGUUAUUUCCAUGGCCGGUGGACUCCCAAUGAUUAUGGGGUUGCUAGUUUUCGGUGUUCAACACUUGGUAGCGAGUAUAAGACGCAUUGCCCAUAGUCACAUCAUUAAAAUCUCCGAUUGUCGAUGUUUCAUCGUUCAGUCCAAUUGGUGAUUGAUCGGAAGAUAUAUUUUUCUGUUGAUGUGUAAUUGGAUUGGUAUUCGCUGAAUCGAUAAAUUCGAAUACGGAAAAUAUUCAUUUUAUAUGAGACAAUUGUUAUAUUAUUUUGAAUUAGUCGUUAUACAAUGUUAGGUAUCAAUAGAGCACAGAAAAGUGGCAGCACCUUGGAUUAAGCGGCGGCUUGGAAUAGAAUGCAUAUGUUAAAACCAUAUAAUUCAAGUAAAAUUUUAGAAUUUAUUAACCAGAUUGACGUUUCAACCUGGAAUUUCAUGCUUACUGUAAUCAUAGAUGAUCAGUGCCAUGAGAACUCCCUAUGUUCGAUUAUUUACAACUAACGCUUGUCUCCUCAUUUCAUGAUGUUAUUCACUUUUCUAACCUUACUUUCAAUCAUCACUUACUUAAAAUACCCGAAUCACAGGAAACUGAUAAACACUGAUAAGCUGUUUCACUAUAGUCUAGGACUCCUAAUCAAUACACAUAUAUAACUUCAAAUAGAGCAGGUGUCCGUAGACCACCUAACUGACUAUUAUUUGUAAUUAUGUGUUUCACGAUUAACAGCCUCUAGAUGGAUUUAUCUUGUGAGAAUUUGCGACCUAUGGAAUUAACUCAUUCACAAGUUGGAAAACAUAUAAACGAAUUGUUUAAAGUUGAAAAUGUUAUACCGUGUUCAACAUCAACUAUGAAGGUGUUUGUUUUGAUUCCAAUUUAACGGAUGCCACUUCAAUAGUAAAAACUGGACAUGCUUCCAGGAACCACCUGACUGAACAAUGUAAAUGACUAUAGUUAUCUUAAUUUUUGUCUCAUAAACUUUCUAUGGUUUGUUAGUUAUUAGCAAAAUUAUUCAUAAAGCAUUACCAUCAAGAAAUGAUAACUGGAGCAGAAAGAAAACAUUCAGGAUUAUUUUAAAAAAUGUAUAUGUUAGUCUUUACUAUAUCGAAACACAAAAAUAGGAUUUUCAACCACAGCUUUUCUCAUCCCAAUCCGUGUAAGUUCGAAUUUAUAGACUUCAUAUUUCUAAACAGGUUCUUGAUAAACUAGACUAUAAGGCUUUAAUAAAACAAUGACAAAUUAACAGUCAUCUAACUAUUGAAUUAUCAUUGAUUUCAUCCAUGAAAUAAAUCCAUCUAAUCUUUUCGUGAGUAACUUCAUGAGAUACUCCUGGCGUUCUAGUGAUAGACCAUUAUCAGUGGAGUUCAACCAGGUCUGUUUUGAGAUAUCAACUCACUGAAGACAAUGGUGUACGGUGGCGCAACUUCGUGGAUUGGUUGAAGUUGGACAUUAACACCGUUGGAUGCCGGCUCAAUGAUCGCGAGACUGAUAUGUCUUGGGUUCGAGUCUCGCGGGGUGCGGGAUCGUGGGUGCGCAAUACUGUAGGGUCCCAUACUGGGACCAAACGGCCGGCCAGUGCUUACAGGUUUUCCAUUUUCG